AGUAUCAAUCUAAUUGAUUCAUAGGUAGUAGUUAGUUUUACAUUAUUAAUAAGAGGCGGACCUUUUAAAUUAAAUAUUAAAUAUUGCAUAUGUUUUUGCAUAUCAAUAUUAGUUUAUAAACACCACAUCAGUGUUGAAUAAUUUAGAACCAAAAAACAAUCACACUCAGUUUGGUUACGGUGACACGACAUGGAGCACAUAGUUGACAUAUUUUUGCGAAAAAUGGGAUGCAGUGACGACCGCAGUUAUGACACAAUGUGUGUGAUAUAUUUUACUUACUGCGAGUUAGCCGUUACUCUGUUCUUCACCAUUUCGACGUACCUGUCGAUUGUCUACUCGACGGAAGAUUUAUCCAUGCGCCUUUACGGCCUCUUGUGCUUUUUAAUCGAAAUCCACAUUUUUGGUUUCAUAGCCGCUCGGUUCUACCAUCAGUCACAAUUUCGCGACAUGUACCACCGUUCCCAGGAAGUGGGAAUACCGGAAAACUAUAGACAGAAAAUCGCCAUGGUGAUCAAACACUAUUUCAUCAUGUCAAACGUGUUCGUGGCGGUUUCCGUGUUGUACACAAUUUCGUUGGAUUGGGUGCAGAUGGGCGAUCCGUUCACGUUCCCUUUCGUAGACGUUUUGCCGAUAAAAACUAUAAACUUGUCUGUUUACGUCUGCAAAUAUAUUGUUUACGCUUUGCCCGUGUACUUUGCACACUUGGAAAUAUGUUUCUUGAAUGUGACGUUCAUGUAUUCCACGGGCGUUGUGAAGAGACAUUUUCAGAUACUCGACGAGCAGGUCGAAGAAGCCAUAUUAAACAGCGAAGAACAACAAUUAAAGAUCGCGAUCAAACACCAUCAAGAGGUGUUGAAGUUUUUUGAAGAUAUGAAGACAAUUUAUGAAAAACCAAUAUUAAUGACAAUAGAAUUUUGUGGAUUAUAUGUUGGCUUAACUAGUUGUUUCGUGAUUCAAGUCAUACAGGGUUUUAUUCAUCAAAUAAUAUUGGGACUAUGUAUAGUUAGUAGUGUGGCGUGUAUCAUGACAAUUAUAAUUUAUUGCAUUUAUGCAAGUAAUAUGUAUGAUUUACACAAUGGUAUAUUGAACUCACUUUUUGAACAUCGAUCAUGUUAUUCUCGAAACAAAUCAUUUAAACAUCUUAUUUUAAUGAUGAUGACAAGAGCAUCAAUACCAUUGGAGUUCAAAGUUGGUUCCAUUUUCACCGUUAACUUAAAUCUACUUGUCAAAAUCCUAAAAUUUGCGUAUACGGUGUUUAAUGUUUUAUUAACUUCAAUCAAUCGCCAAUUUAAAUAA